CAAUUAUCAGAUGAUCUCAGGAAGAAAAAAGAAAAGACUUUUGACCAGAUAUUAAACAUUGUUGCAUAUCAGAUGGGAAAAUUAGUGUCAGAGGCACCCACAUCCAAGCCGUACCAGGGAGUGAGAGUGAAAGACCCGGUGAAGGAGCUGUUGCGAAGAAAAAGAGGAAAUGCUGCCAGAUCCACAGCAACAGUCAUGGUUCCCAGCAACACUUUGCAGUCCUGCACACUUGCUGGGACUUCCACAUUUGCAGAAGUCCCCCAGAGUGGUCUUAAUGAUUCGGUAGUGGACGUCAGCGGACUCUGCACAGGCUGGAUUGCCCAGACCACCAGCACAACUGCUCUCCAGCCUUUGAGCCACUGGACUCCACCAGACUGUCAACACCACGACCCUGCCAUUCCAUCCCACGCUGACAUGUAUGUCCAGCCGAUCUGUCCUGGUUACACUGUGGUGGGUUCUUCCCCCAUGCUGACGUUUGCACACGCACCUCUCUUCACCAACCUUGCGACGGUGAGCACUUCCAGCUCAGUCCUGCCGCAGGUGGAGGUCCCGGACUCCUCCUUGACCUACAUUCCUUGGGCUCAGCCUUUAUCCACCAUCCCUGGCCCUGUCAUGCAGGCCUCUUCAGCUCUGUCAGCCCCUCAGCUCUUUCCAGUGCCCCUGACCUUGCCAGUCCUCUCGCCAGAACCUGAACCUCCACAGGUGGAGCCUCAGCAGGCCCCUGAGGGCACGCUGGCCCUUGAGAAACUGUUGGAAGACAAUGAGGUCCACAAAGAAAGCUAUAUCUGCAAUUCCUCGCUGUUUGCUGAGGACAUUUAGCAUAUGUGUACAUUAGCACUCUUUUCACGCAGCUUCUAAUGACCAUUGUAAAAUUUCAGACAACAGAGUUGUUUAAAUAACCCUUUUUCAAUUAAAAAAAGAUCAUUUUAUUUGAGGGCCUGAAAAUGCAAGUGAAGUUUAUUUAUAAACUAAUUUCGAAAGGAUCCCAUGAUUAUGAUUGACCACAGCUGGUCCUGCAUUAGCUAAUGCAUGAUUCACCAAUCAGAUGAUUCCUAUCUCACUAUAAAUAACUAGAGUUUCUUAGCUCAGUUUUCUUUGUCUUGAGGAAUUCCCCCCUUGCACCCCCACCCCUCCUCCCUUUUCCUUGAUAAUAAUAAUAAUAUAUUUUAUUUGUAAUGCACUUUUAUUAGACUCAAAAUGAUACAAGGCAAAAUACUAACAAUACAAGGCAAAAUAUCAACAAUAGCAGAAACACCACAACCAUAAAAAGAUGCAAUAAAGCAAUAAGAAUAUGAACCAUCGGAUAUAAAAAAGUUAACAAAAAGGUUAUCCUAGAGUAGCACGGUGGCCCACUGGUUAGCACUGUUGCCUCACAGCAAGAAUGUCACUUUUUUGCUUUUCCUGAAC